AUGGUGAGAGGGAAGACCCAGAUGAAGAGGAUAGAGAAUGCGACGAGCAGGCAAGUGACUUUCUCAAAGAGAAGGAACGGGCUGCUGAAGAAGGCUUUUGAGCUCUCUGUUCUUUGCGAUGCUGAAGUUGCACUUAUUAUUUUCUCACCAAGAGGCAAGCUUUAUGAGUUCUCCAGCGCUAGUCUCAUCAAAACAAUAGAGCGGUAUGAGAAGAAGCAAAAGGAUAAUGAAGCAGGGAGCAAGGGGUUUGAAGACAACACACAGAAUGACGACAGCUUCAGCAUGGCAAAGAAGAUUGAGCAACUCGAAGUUUCGAAGAGAAAGUUAAUGGGAGAAUGUCUGGAAACAUGUUCCGUUGACGAGCUCAGAAAGUUAGAGUGCCAGCUUGAGAGAAGUAUUAUCAGAAUCAGAGCAAGAAAGACCCAGCUGGUUUUGGAGCAGAUUGAGAAACUAAGGCAAGAGGAGAAGACCCUAAUGGAAGAAAACAGAAAGCUGCGGGAGAAGUGCGGAGUAAUGGAACCAUGGAGAUUGCCAUCGGGCAACAAGAAGCAGCAGCAACUACAAGACAAGAUCGUCGUUGCAGAAGCAGCAGCUGGAGAAGAAGAGGAAGAAGAAGAGGAAGAGGAGGAGAGAGAAAGUAGUAUCGAUGUGGAGACAGAGCUGUACAUAGGGCCAGCACCAUAUAGAAGAAGAACAACAACCAAAACUCCUACCCACUACUAG